AUGGGAAACACCUCAACCACAUCGUCAGCUCGUUCAACACCAAUACCCAAAAUGCACAGAAGACACGUCAAAGACUAUGAUUUGUCACCACAACAAAUGUUUUAUAAAGUCGACACAAUGACUCCAGACUCUAUUGAACCAGAAACACAACUCUCUCCGUCUCUUGAAAUAAAGGGCAAAACCUACAACAGAUCAAAGUCAGACCACUUUCUUGUCAAAAGAGCCAAAAAAGCAAAACUAUUGAGACCUUUUUCUAAGGGCACAACACCUCAUUCACACAAGAAACAAGAAACUACCUGCCAAUUUGUAGAAGACUUGGAAGACUAUGAAACUACCAUUUUUAACAGAGAAAGAGACUUCAUGACAGAAGUCAUCAAAAAGACUGGUAACACUCAGUCAAAUAUCAUUUUUGACUCAAGACUCUCUGGAAUGGACCAAAGAGAAUUGAAAGCUCAAAUUGUUGGCAAGGAGAAACUUAUAUUCCUCUUUGUUUCAAAAACAGGAGAAAUUUUUGGGUUCUACCAGAACGAUUUGGUGUGUCCACAGAGCAACCAAAAUGUACUCAACGCGACGUCAGACAACUUCGUGUUAUUUGGAAGACCAAAUCCAUGGGAAGGACCCGUUUUUAUCACACGAAAAGAGGAGAAAAUGAAUGAAAAGAAGACAUUUGUUAUUCACCAAGACACUCAUGGGAUGCUCCUAUCUUGCUUCUCUGCUUUUUGGGUUGAGACAAACGGGGAUGUCAACUUCAACAUGUGCGUUAAAAAUUAUUACGAAGUCCCACAGACAUCCACAAACCCACUCACUGGAAAACCAAACUCAGAAAAAAUUGUGUGUGAAAGAAUUGCUGUGUUAAAAUGUUUUUAA